CGUACAACAUGGGGGCUCGGGUUGGACGUAUGUUCCGAAAUUUCAACCUAGAGAACCGGGUGCACCGAGAACUCGCCAAAGAGAAGCCGAGAAUGGCUCCUCGGCACCCGGCCAACCUGCCGCCGACUGCCGCCAACCCGGAGGGUGAGCGUCCCGGAGCUCCGCUAGCUGGUUACACAACAGCGGACGCAGUGAACCAGAAGAACGACCCGCUGCUGGCCGCCCUCCGAUCCGUGUACGUGGAGUCCACAGACCCAGUAGCCGCUGCAGCAGAGGAUUCAAAGUCAGUGACUACCGGGAAAGAAACAGGCCGGCGCCCACUCAAGUUCAGUUUCCCAGGAGACAUGUUUGGCGUGGUGGAACUCACAGACGUUCCUAAAGGCAAACUGACCAUCGUUGAGGCCAUGAAAGCCCUCGGUGGCCACCAGCACCAGCCUCAGACGUGGACGCCAGAAAAGAUCGCACAGGAGUAUUGUCUAGACUUGAAAGACACAAAAGCUGUUCUAGAGUUCUUCGUCCCUUUCAAGGUUGAGAUCAUUCCUCCCAAGUCCGGAACUGGCAAACAGAUAAAGGCCUCGUAGGACUCGAGUCUUUUGGUGGAUAGCUGUUAAAUGGGAAAAUACUUACAGAUUUAUUUAUGUGUUUCAGUGUAUUUCUUUGGAAGAGUGACCUGACUGAAACUGUUGGAUGCAGUAUGAGGUUUAUUGGUGGCUGAAGGUUGGUGUAUGGACACAAAUUCAGAAAAAUGAAAAUAAUUGCUGACAUUUAAUCUGAACAUACGGCAUUGUUUCUUUGGAAACCUUUUGGUGACUCGUCGGAUGAAACUAGAAUGCAAAGGUAUUCAUACUCAGAUUUUUAGAGGUUUUUUGGGAUCUUGAAAUGAGGUCGGAUGUCCAAUGAUAGGUCAAGAAACUUCAACAUAUUUAGAAAAAGUUACAUCUUGAUUUGUCUUCUUAGAGUGACACGUUCAGAUGGUUAUCGGUCUCAUGUCUGUGUGUGAAGUGCACACCUGGAGUCAGGAUGUAGUUAGCCUAGCUUAGCAUAAAGCCCAGAUGCAAAUUUGGGUUUGGUUCCAUAGAAACACCACCAGGUUUGGAAUCAUUGCACUCGCGCAGCAGAACCACAAGUUGAACGGUUAUGUAACUCCUUGCUAGCUAAAGUAGCUCGAGAUAUGCAGCAGUAUUGUUUCACUAGACUCGGAAUGUAUUGUGUUUGUCAGUCAGUUCUGCUCAGCUAAUGAGCAAAGUGAGAUCAAAUCACAACGGAAAAUCGAGGUUACAAAAUCACAUUUUAACAGCAGGAGUAAAUGCAAAGAGCCAUGGAUCAGGUUUCAUUAUCUGAUACCAUAUCCACACACAGGUCACAUUGGUGCACAUCGGUAUUUAUGCUAAGCUAUUAGCUAAAUCUACCUCUGAACUCACUGGGGCAAAAUAAAUACUUUAGUAGUUAGAGCUUCAUGUAGUUGAGCAUUUCCACGCCAUUACUUUACCCUUUUGAAAAUUAUUUUACAUGACAAAUACUGCAUCAAUGGUUAUAAUCUAAUAAUGCUUCCGACUGUCAUCAACCAAAGAAAAUCUUGGUGUUCUGAAAUUGCACCUGCUCUUCAACCAAUCGACUGGUCCUGAGGGAAGAAAAAGUAAUGGUAUCUCCAGAUAAUCUAAAUCCACUACAGUGCAAAAGUGAAUAUUUGUCAUAUUCAUGUCAUUUCUGAAAACGGAAGUAUAUCAGCUGCUGCUCCAGUAGAGGGAUUACUGAGGAAUAUAAUACAGAGACGGUAGCCUACUGUUUUUGAUUCUCUAUUUUAACAAAAUACAGCCACACCAACAACUGUGAUAUGGUGCCAGUGAGUUUGAAGCUGACUCAGAGUAAGUGUUGAGUAAAAGAUCAGUAACUUGAACCUAGCUGUGUCUAUCAGGUUGGACAAGCUGCAAAAACGUGGGGUUGUUCACAGGUCAUCUGAUGCUCCCAUCACCAAAAAUAAUGCAUUGAUUUUGUAUUGCUUUUGAUGCUUCGCUUUUCUUCUUAUAGAAGUUACACCAGCGAUUGUCUGUCCAUUGAGACUUUGGUUUAAUGAGAGCAUAUUGACUGUAAAAUAAGCUGGAGACUACAGCCUUAUCGUGCAUAUUUAAGAAUAUCAUGUUUUCAAAGAGGCUGCCCUGCAUGAUGCGUCUUAUAACAACUUGCGCCACCACCUAACCCAUGUACAAUUUACUGAUAAAAAAAACUCUCAUACCCAAGUCAAAUAUUAAUAUGUAGGACUCUAGUUUGACAUUGGGAAAUUUCUCAUUUGACCUGUACUAUCCGAGUUCUUCCUCUAUACAUAACACACAUACAAGAGAUUCAUGUUGACUUCCUCAUUUCACUCUUGGAAGGAAAGCAAAUGGUUCAUUUCCAACAUACUAAAAUGUUCAUGCUGUUAAAUCUCAUCUUGUGUGUGUAUCGGUACAGUAAAAGCAGCGUUUCAUAUAGUACACAUCCAUUUAUUUCUACACAUGCAGGUGUCGUGUAGAAGGGAAACGGCAACUAUCUGAGGGGGACAUAUGCCAGAAAGAUGUUUGUUUGAGUCCAUCUCAUCCAGCAGUGAUGUCCUGUUAGUCGAGGUUACUUUAGCUCCACUCAGGGUUCUUUAAUCAAAGAGCUAAUAUGUAUUCUGUGUUGUUUUUGUUUUUUUUUUUGUAAACAAAUUCUGCAGCAAGCAAAGGCUUUAAUAAAUCCCUCUUGUGGGUUCAAAUAAUCUACAGGUAGGUAGCUGUGUGUUGCCAAGGCUGGCAGAUAGUGUGCCAAAUCCAAACCUCCCUGAGCAAAGUGCAGUUUAUGUUUUCACAGUUUACCUCAGAAUAUUCAUGCAGUUAUUUCAGAUAAAUACAGAACUCAUGCAAAUCUGAUGAGUAAUAGCUGAUACUCCUGGUAGAUGACAACAAAAUAUCUACUGGGGAAGAUAACGUGCUCAAAUUAUGUUUAAAGAAAACAGAUGAGACGUUAACUAUUGUAACUGAUUCUGAAAGAAUGUAAAACAUCUUGAAAACCUUAAUUUCUGCAUAAAUCUGAAAAAAAAAAAAAACUGGCAAAGAAGCCCAAAUCUGAUGCAGUAUUCAAUCUAUCUGCAAAUUUUUUACACGAGGACGUCCACAAGACAGGAAAAUAUAGAAACAUCACCCUAUUGGUUUGAAUUUAAAUAUUGGUGGCAACAUUAUGGAUGUGCUGUUUUAAUGCCAUUCAUGUGGAAGUUAAGUAAACCUUAAAAGAAAGAAAGGUGUCGGAACAACGUGGAGUUUAUUUCUAAAUGAUCCUGUGGCACCAGUUCGCUGCAUAUACGCACACUUUUUAAAAAUAAAAUGAUUUUAUCUUUGA